GGACCCGUCUCCUUUCCGCGCACGGAGGAGGCAAGCGUCGACUAUUCCUUCUCCCUCUCUUGCUAGUUCCCCACGACGACGCGCCUUCCGUGGUGUGGUGGUGACCCGUGAAACCUCAUCUGUUGUUCCGCAUCGACAUUUGACGUUCUCUUUCGCCAUAUGAUAGCGCUCGAUCUCGUUCUCCCCCGUAUGGUGUGAGAAGACGACCGGAGGAGGGAUCCAUUUUCGUUUCAGGAGGAGGGAAUGGCAGGAGGGAUGGGGGAUCCGGCGUCGAGGCGGGCGAUGGACGUGGAGCGGACGUCGCUGUGCAACUGCGUGGUGAACUUCUUGCUGCAGGAGAACUACCUACUCACCGCCUUCGAGCUCCUCCACGAGCUGGUCGAGGACGGCCACCAUGACCAGGCCAUCCGCCUCCGAAAUUUCUUCGCCGACCCCGCCCUCUUCCCCUCCGACCAGAUCUCCCGCUUCAACGCCCUCCGAGUUGCAGAUGCACAAAAUGUGCUAGAAGAGAAAGUAACAGUAGAAGAAAAGUUGGCAAUCACUGAAUAUGAGCUUCGUUUAGCCCAAGAAGACUUGUCAAGACUCAGGGAGGAGUUACAAAAGCAAAAACAAUAUUUUCCUGAUGACCUUAAUGGGUCCAGUUCAGAUAUUUCGGUGACUAAUGGCCCUACAACUCUACAUAACACGAGGAAGAUAUCUUAUGUCUCUUUAGGCCCGUUAAAGGACACUGAACGGAAAGAUCUAAAUUGUGCUGUGAAGGAAUACUUGCUCUUUGCUGGGUACCGCCUUACAGCUAUGACAUUUCUUGAAGAGGUCACUGAUCAAAACCUAGAUGUGUGGCUGAAAAGUUCAGCUUGUGUUUCUGAUGCUUUGCGUCGUUAUUAUUAUCAGUAUCUUUCAUCCACCUCAGAGGCUGCCGAGGAGAAGAUUUCCCUUCUUCGAGAAAAUGAAUUUUUUAUUAAAGAAAAUCAGAGGCUCAAUGAUGAGAAAGAGUCCAUGCGUAGAAACAAGGAACUGGCUGAUAGUCAGAUAGUAGUUCUAACAAGUAACUUGGAAGGUGUAAAGAAGGAUUUAAAAGAUAAGGAUACUCUGGUACAGAAUCUUAAGCAGUCCAUGGAUCUACAGAGAAAGCAACUUAAUGACUGCAGAGCUGAAAUCACAGCACUGAAGAUGCACAUAGAAGGAGCCCGAGCUAGCAGAAGCUGGACAGCUGGAGAAAGUGAAAGCACAAAGGCUCCUUAUACUGACAAGUCUAAGGAAGAAAAGAAAACCUCAUAUGGUGAACUAGAAGACUUAAAAGGUGUUGAUUCCACAACAAGAAAUCCAGAACCCAUUAUAGCUCUUAGCGAGGAUGUGCAAUCAGAGAAAAAAGUGGUUGAGAUCAAUGAAGUAGCUGUUGUAUCUAAAUCUGUUGACUUAGUUUCUACUAAUUCAGAUGAGAAUCAUGAUUAUCAAGCUUCUGAAGAUGUCAGAUCCAGGCCUCAUAAUAUUGUUUCUGAUGCAGCAAAUGUUUCUUGUAAUGAUAGUGUUGAAUACCAAGAGAAUGCUCAUAAACUCAUUUCUGAAUUGAAGUCUGAGGAUAAAGGAUUGAACCAAAAUUCAGAGAGUCCCAAGAGGGGAAAAACUCAAAAGAUGGCACUGGAGACCAUACAAAUACUUUCAGAUGCAUUACCCAAGAUUGUUCCCUAUGUUCUGAUCAACCAUCGUGAGGAGCUUCUUCCAUUGAUUAUGUGUGCUAUUGAACGCCAUCCAGAUAGCGCAGUGAGAGAUUCCCUAACACACACAUUGUUUAAUCUUAUAAAACGGCCAGAUGAACAGCAGCGGCGCAUCAUUAUGGAUGCCUGUGUAAGCCUAGCUAAAAAUGUUGGAGAGAUGAGAACUGAAACAGAGUUGCUUCCUCAGUGUUGGGAACAGAUUAAUCACAAAUAUGAGGAGCGUAGGCUAUUAGUUGCUCAAUCAUGUGGAGAACUUGCAGAGUUUGUUCGACCUGAAAUUCGUGAUUCUCUUAUUCUAUCCAUCAUUCAGCAACUAAUUGAAGAUUCUGCCACAAUUGUUCGAGAAGCUGCUGCUCAUAACUUGGCACUGUUGCUUCCACUCUUUCCAAAUUUGGACAAAUAUUUUAAGGUUGAAGAGCUCAUGUUCCAGUUGGUAUGUGAUCCUUCAGGAGCGGUUGUUGAUACCACAAUCAAAGAACUUGUUCCUGCAGUAGUAAAUUGGGGUGCUAAACUGGACCAUGUUCUACGAGUCAUACUCUCCCACAUUUUAGGUUCUGCUCAGCGGUGUCCACCUCUAUCAGGAGUUGAAGGAUCUGUAGAUUCUCAUCUCCGUGUUCUAGGAGAACGAGAGCACUGGAAUAUUGAUGUACUGCUUCGGAUGUUGACAGGGUUGCUGCCAUUUGUCCAUCGUAAAGCUAUUGAAACAUGCCCUUUUAGCUCUGCUAUGGAGUCUCUUACCACUUCAGAACAACAAAAUUCGUUCUUCUCCACGUCUUUGCUUCAGUUAUAUGCAGGGGGUCGGACAAUUUGGCCUAUGUUUGAUUGGAUGCACGUGGAUUGUCUUCCUGACUUGAUUCAGCUUUCCUGCCUCUUAUCUCACAAGGAAGACAAUCUGAGAACUCGAAUCACAAGGUACCUUCUGGAUGUAUCUGAAUUCUUUGGGGAGCAAUACCUUGUGCAUAUAAUGCUUCCUGUUUUCCUGAUAGCUGUUGGCAAUGGUGAUGGUGCAGAUUUGACAUUUUUUCCUUUAUCCAUGAAGUCCAGAAUCAAAGGACUGCAACCUAAAACCUCUGUGGCAGAGAAUCUUUCUGUCAUGUGCAUUCUUCCGUUAUUGUUAUCUGGAAUUUUGGGUGCUCCAACUAUUCAUGAAAAAUUAUCAGAUUACUUGAGAAAACUACUAGUGCAAAACAAUACUCAAGAAGGUUCAUGGCUUGUUCAUCACACUGCUGAGGUGAUUGAUGCAGUUCGAUUCCUUUGCAUAUUCAAUGAGCAUCAUGGAGUCAUUUUUAAUAUCCUAUGGGAGAUGGUCGUUAGUGCCAAUGUGAAUAUGCAGACCAAUGCAGCAGUUCUCUUGAAAGUUAUUGUGCCAUAUAUUGAUGUAAAAGCUGCUUCUACACAUGUUUUGCCUGCUCUUGUCACUCUUGGUUCUGAUCCAGAUUUAAAUGUGAAAUAUGCAAGCAUAGAAGCAUUUGGAGCUGUUGCGCAGCAUUUCAAAAAUGAUAUGAUUGUUGACAAGAUACGCAUACAAAUGGAUGCUUUUCUUGAAGAUGGAUCACAUGAAGCUACUAUUACUGUUGUUCGUGCACUACUUGUGGCUGUACCACAUACAACAGACAGGCUACGUGAAUAUCUGUUAUCAAAAAUUUUCCAACUUACUUGCAUGCCAUCUCAUGGAAAUGAUAUCACACACCGCCGUGAGAAAGCAAAUGUAUUUUGCGAGGCAGUUCGUGCUUUAGAUGCCACAGAUCUUCCUGCCACCAGUAUCCGUGAUUUCCUUGUACCCACUAUCCAAAACCUUUUGAAAGACCUGGAUGCUCUAGAUCCUGCUCACAAGGAAGCAUUGGAAAUUAUACUGAAGGAGAGGUCAGGUGGGGCAUUUGAAAACAUCAGUAAAGCGAUGGGAGGCCAUAUCGGUCUUGCAUCUUCAGUUAGCAGUUUCUUUGGUGAGACUGGCCGUCUAGGAAAGAAAGAAGGUGGUGACACGCACGAAUAUGCUGCUUCGCCACAGCCAAGUCCACCAGCCCAGCAAGAUGAUACAAGGUUCAGGAAAAUGUUGAGGGGCAGUUUCAGUGACAUUUUAAGAGGCAAAGGUAAGGGUUCCGAGGAGCCUCCAAGACAGUCGGGCUAAAGAGCCUUGAGACACCUUUGGUAAAUACUCUCCUGAGGAAAGUUCUCAAUACAGUCAGAAUGACUCCACAGGUGCAACAGAGAUUUGCUUUACUCUCUAAUUAAUAGUCUUUGAUUUGUAAUAAGUGACGUUUUUGAAACUCGAGGUUAUUCAUCGUAAUAUAAUGAAAUUGAACCGAAGGAAUAAACUUUGCACCUCUUUGAACUUUA